AUGGGAGAAAAUGAGUACUAUGAAAUGGCAGCAAAAGGACGACAGGAACAGCAAGAACCGAAGCCCUAUUCUACUUCAUCUAAUAAUGCAAGUAAGCCUGAAUGCAACAAGCCUGACAAAUAUGACGAUGAAAUGGAAAAAGGUGAACUAAUAAAAAAAUCAAUCAAGGAACGACUAUGGCGCGCUGAGAUGGAAGAAGGACUCGACAAGGAGGAGUUUUAUGUCGUUUCAAUGGUAUACUUUGGCCACACUGUUGAAGGUACAUACAUUCCUGCCGAGCUAAGUGUUGUUAAAUUCAAUCUCAAGUGUGGUGUAAUAGAUCAAUUUCACAUCCACGUAAGUUGCGAAAAGUUACCGCUUUGUGUGGCACACCAGGCAAAGGAACACGCAUUAAAUACUCAUGGACUACCACUGCCACCAUACGCGUUGGGUGUAGCCAAUUAUGAUGCCAUAUCCUCGAACUUGCUUACCUUCCUGCAAGUGAAAGAGGAAAUCCCACCGUUGUUCACGGAUGCGAAGCAAGUAUCGAUAGUGAAGAAUAUGCUUACCACCAUUUUAGGACAUCAUAUCAAGAAUAAGCCACUGCAUAUUUCCUCCGUGGCGGAUCUCUUCUUUGAGAUGAAGCAAGGUGCGGAGAUGCACAUGAUGAGCAUGACGGUUUUUCCUUCCGUAAAAGCGGCGCAGGAGAUCCUUGAUAAGGAUGAAUUCUACGACACACGAAACAUCUGUUGCGAAUAUCACGAAGCUCUCUCGCUGCACGAUGAAUGUGCCUUGUCCAAGUGUAUGCGUUGGGCGUACACAAUUUCGGCAAAUUGUUGCUUAGAAAUGACCAUCGAUCUGAUACCGGGCAGGCAUGUCCCGUUCGGAUUUGUCGAUCGUCCGCAUCUACGACAUAGAUACAGUUGAAAUUAACGGCGCGAUCGUUAAGUUCGACGACUUCAAAGCAUCUAUGUUAGCGUCCCUUCUUUCAUAUCAUUACAUUCCAAAUUCAUUCUUACCAAUUCGCAACUUGUGCAACUACUUACUGUUCUGCUGACGGUACAUUGCGCUUACAAUUGUUCGAAGAGUACGAAAGCGAACAAAUGUGGAAUUUAUCCUACAGAAAGUGGGGUUAGAGCCUCAGUUCAUUUCAUUAUAAUGAACCUACAAAUUGUAUGAUUUGCUAAUAAAGAGCAAAUAAAAUCGACAUAAUAAGCUUGCUUCUUUCAAUGCAUUCAAUACUAACCAUCGUCUAAACCAGGGGUUUCCAAACUACCCUCCCAAGAGAUCCUCAGAUUGGCUCUCAGCUGUGGCUAUUCCACUCAAAGCUGCCCGCCGUUUAAAAAGUUUGAAGGCCGCUGGUCUAAACAUACGAAUGAUGCUGGCAAUUCGAUGAAACUGGGUCUUCCUCACACCUACAAUCUGCGGACGAUGCAAUCACUUUCGGCGAAGUCAUCCUCUCUUGCUUCAGAGGCAUAUCAAUACUGAUACUGGCUUUAUAUGGCUUUGUCUCGUCUUCCACCAGUACCGAUAGCAGCCACAGCUAUCAGCUUCUCAUCCUUGAUAUCAUCAAGGUAUUGACCUUCAGAUACGUACAGGUAGUCGUACUUUCUUUCUUCAUUAAUAUUGUUGCUUCGCGAUCGAAUCUCUAUCGCUCUAUCGGUUUAACUAGGUGCAUGUGUACUAAGAAGGAAAUGAAACGCCAGAUACAAGUUUUAGAUAAUUUUAUUACAUUCCAUCGCUAGAAUUCCCACUUCCCCUGCACGGGAGCCGACACAUUUUGUUCUUUUUCUCGAUCUGUACUGUAGAUUUUAUGUUUGUAUAUGAAUAUAAAAAAAAAUUAUAUCUGUUUCCCCCUAUUACAAACAUGCUAUUAUUACACAUGUACUUUUCUUAUCGAGAAUCGCGUGCUCGAACGAUUUGCAAACCGUCAUCAGAAAUAAAAUACAAGGCGACCGAAGGUAAAGUAAUGUGUGAAUUAUAGCAGCUGGUUGCAUUACGGGAUGGAACAUUCCGCACCCAGCAAUGGUUACGUGCCCGUUACUCCCUUCCACGAUCACCUUUGGGAAUGGUUAACCCUUCCCAUGAAAGCAUCCCUCGAAGAUAGACAGACAAGUACAACUCAAGAUUUAAUUUAAAGAACAUUAAAAAAAAAAAAGGUAGAAACUAUCACAACGCCAACCAGGCGUUCGCGUGAUUGCACGCGUGUGCA